AUGCCACACCUAAACAACAACAACACCAACAGUAACCUCCUACUAACGGCAUCCCUCCCUCUGCAUCCUAUCUGGCACUCAGUCUUCAUCUACAGUUGUCCUGGCUUCAACUGCCCCAUCAAAGAGCGUAUGCUGUAUGCGUCGUGUAAGAACGAAGUGAUCUCGAUCGCCGUUGACUGUGGCGUAACUGCUACACAUAAGAUGGAAGUAAGCGACGGGAGUGAACUCACACACGAGGCCCUACAUACUGAGGUGCACCCACCAGUGGUGGAAGCCACGAAGCGUAUUGUUAAACCUAAGGGACCCGGCCGGAGUAAGACAAGACCGACCAGAGCAACUGAGUAAUCGGGCAAGUAAUCGGGCAUAAAGUUACGGGUGGUAGCGUAAAUAAUCAAAAGUAAUAAAAAGUAAAUAGUAGUG